GUUGGGAGGGGCGGCUGGCAUCGUCGUGCUCCCCACACGAUUUGGGAUUUCAUUUCGGCGCUUUCCGUCUCUCUUCGUCCCUUGGGAUUUCUGUUCCCAUCUCUCAAGCAUUUCCUGAGCUGCUUGGCAUUCAAAUGGAGUCUGGCUUCAGUGGAAUAUCAAGUGAAUCACCGUGUCCUGAGAUUUUUGCUCAGCAAGAUAUUCAAAGAUGCCCAUUCUUGAGAAAUAUCAAUGAGCCUACCAACUUUUCCUUCUCAUCUGUCAAUUUUCCUGUCCCUGUGCAAGGGGCCAAGGGUCCAAUCUUUGAAGAUGGACCCAAUUUUGAAAUGGCAUUUAGGCUUUUCCAUGGGCAAGAUGGAGUUGUUCCACUCACAGGAAGAUCAUCAGAACGUCAAGAGAAACUAGAACCUGAAUUUGUUGAUACAUUUAAUCCCUUAGCAGCAAAGGCAGCCACAAUCAGUCUUUCAGCUUUUGGAGGACCUUUCGGCUUUGAUUUUUUCUCCAAAAAGUGGAAGAUGCAGAAUAAUAGAUCCUCCAAGCAGGAAUCAGCUUCUCAGAAACGAGGUGAUUCGGUGCAUGAGUCGCGAAGCAACGAGUGGCUGGAAACCGGGCAGUGCCCCAUAGCGAAGUCAUACAGGGCGGUUAGUGGGGUUCUUCCUCUGGUUGCAAAGGUUUUAAAGCCUCCACCAGGUAUGAAACUAAGGUGUCCGCCUGUUGUGGUGGCUGCCCGUGCAGCACUGGCCCGAACAGCCUUGGUAAAGAACCUCCGGCCGCAACCUCUACCAGCCAAGAUGCUAGCUAUAGCCAUGCUGGGCAUGGCAGCAAAUGUCCCGCUCGGGGUAUGGAGGGAACACACAACAAAGUUCUCCCCGCAGUGGUUUGCAGCAGUUCACGCAGCCGUACCUUUCAUUGCAAUGCUUAGGAAGUCUGUGAUGAUGCCGAAGACAGCAAUGGCAAUUACGAUAGCAGCAUCAAUCUUAGGUCAGACCAUCGGAUCAAGAGCUGAGCGGCUCCGGCUAAAGGCAGUUGCAGUGGCCAAUGCAGGCGACUCCAAAAUUCUUCAAACCAGAGCUGUUAUAUGUGCUCAAAAGACUGGGCAAUGCAGCAGCGAAGUAGUUUGGGAUCCCCUUUCUCUUAAGCUGGAGGGCGCAGACUCUUCCCCUGCUUCUCCGAGGGCUGCUGUAUGCUUUUGAUGAGAUGUAUUCUCAAACAAGAUCUAGUUGACUGAUAACCGUUUGACAUUUAUGUGUGUAUCAUUAUGCAUUGCAUCUGGGUGUUGGAGUGCUCUUUUACCAUCAAAUUGUCACAGGCAGGAUUCAAUUCAAGUGAAUAAAAAAGAAAUUUCUUGACCUUUUUGCCCUCA